AUGAGUAAAGUGGGAGUGGAGAUAAGAGCGACGCAUCGUUGGUUGGUGAAUAGUCAAGAUUUAUCAAAGGUGCUAGCCUUGGACUGUGUACCGGCAGAGAAGGACUAUUUGCGUCGGGUAGCUGACCACUUGAAGAUUGAAGAUGCGUAUUUUUGUGCCGGACGCGAAAUGGAGCAGAUUUUGAGUCGGAGUGCAGAGCAGAUAGCGCGCAGUUCUUGUAAGACGAGGUACUGUGCCAUAGAAUUACGGGGGCUGGCAGGCAGUGGCUGUUCACUCCUAGGCGUGCUGGGUGGGCGGCUUCUACUGGAAUCCAACGGUAACCAGCUAGAUGGGAUCGUGUGGCCCAAGGUGCUGUAUAUAUCUGCGAAGUCGCCAAAUGCUGACGCUCUCGGGAGCAGAGACGUUCUGGGUAGUCGAGGAGACGUUCCGGGGAGUCGAGGAGACGUUCUGGGGAGCCGAGGGGACGUUCUGGGGAGUCGAGACAACGCUAGUGGAAUCGGUCCUGUGGACCUGGCCGAGCUGCUGGGCGAGGCCGCCCGGAUCUGGACCGGGUUAGGUUGGCGACCUUUGUUGAAUGCCUGCAAGAGUUGGCUAUAUCGCGAACUCGAUAUGGAUUUGAUACUGGUCAUCGACCACGCCACGGCCUUGGCCGAAAACUGGAGCCUUGCUUCCAAGUUAUUGCUGCCCUGGCUAGACGCAAAAAUCGGGGUGCUUAUCAUCAAUCAGGAAGAAGACAUGCUAUUCCAAGCUGCCAUGCUCGACCCAACCAACCCCAUGGCCGCUGAGCGUUCUAUAAUCCGCCUCGGCGGCCUCUCCGAUUCGGAGGUGCGUGAAAGUCUUGAAACCACACGCGUGCGACGAAGCAGCCCUGGCCACCGCAGCAGAACGAAGGACGAUGUCAAGUCUGGGAGCGGCGUGAGGUCGACCAGCGGCGUGAGGUCGGCCAGCGGGAUCAGGUCUACAAGCGGAAUCAAGUUUGCCAAGGACGACCUGAAGUCAACAAAGGACGAGCUCAAGUCUGCCAAGUCAACCAAGGACGAGACAAAGUCGGCGAACACCAGGUCUGGUGGACUGUCUGAUGAGGGGUCAUUAGAGGAGGUGCCAGGUCGUUCAUUUUCUUCCGCCGCGUCACCGCCCCCUGAGCGGUCUUUUGAACCGUACGAGACAGGUGCGUGGCGUAGUCGGGUGCCACCGCGGCCGAGGGACUAUGAAGGCAAGAGCGUGAUGGAGGAGUUGGUGCGUUUGUUUUUGCCUUUCUGUGGCGGUCAUGAUGAGUUGUUGGCGGCUGACCUUGUGGUGCGAUAUGUGCAGAUGAAGACGGGUGGGUUACCGAAGUUAAUGCACGAGUUAUGUGACAAAUUAUUGCAGGACCCGGAGGCUGCCUCUGAAGGGUUGUACGAUACGGCGACAGAAAUUCUAUCGCAGUCGGGUGCCCGGGACGACAUUCUGGCGAGUUCGGUAGCUAACAUUGUGACGCUGGCGCAAGCUGGAUCCUACUCGACGCCGGCGCAUUUGUUGGUGGAGGUAAGUGCGGUCUCAGGUGGGCGGUUGUCAAUAGGCAGGUUGUCCACCAGUCGCCUGAGUGUCAGUAGGCUAUCGACCAGUCGUCUAAGUGCGAGUAGACUAAGUGCUAGUAGACUCAGUGCUAGUCGCGGCCUUCAGCUGGACGCACAGAUCUCACGACGCGCCGGAUCUCCUGGACGACGGCAGACUUCGACAUGUACUCGGCGCCAGCCAUCGAGCGAGGAGAUGUAUAGUCGGGAGCUGUCAGGCGAGUUUCGAAUGUCCCCAUUCGCACUAAGUAUAGUGCUUAAAGGCGUGGACUGCAGAUCAGGUACUAGUCCUCGUGACAUCCGGGAACGUCGCCAAGUUUUGUUAGUAGAUCGCAUCUCGCCCGACAAGGAUGCCAUGCGACGCUCUAUAGAACCACGUUGCGAUCUACAAGUCGUAUCCGGACCCGAGACCGUUUCAUGUAGCACACAGUUACGCACCUUCGCCCCCUUCCUCCGAUACACCUACCACUCGGGUCUCAAUGCAAUAUCCCGGGGCUAUCUACGGUUCUGUCCCGACGAUAAGGAUCAGCGACUUUCGUUUUCAUGGUUGGGACUCAUACGGUAUAUGCUUAGCGCGGACAACUUCAGGGCCAAACGUCACGUCUACCCGGCGCUUAUAGCGGGCAUCCAUUCUUGGGCAUCUACCGCUGUCUGGCGCUGUCUGGUUCCUGUCAUGUUCCGACUUACUCUAGCUGCCGGAAAUGUCGAUACAGGACACCAUCUGCUCAGCUCCAACUUGCUCAGUGGUAAUAGCCUCAACCGACUCGCCCAUCGCAACAGUUCCGUCGGUACUAACAGUACCACCAAGUGGGACAAACAACUGGGUCCCUUCAAAAGAAUCGCUGUAUACUGCGGCUUCCAAGUGAGAUCCAAGGGGGAUCCCUUCCCCUGGAAAAAAAUCGAAGACCCCUACCAACAGUCCCACUCCUUCUACCAGGCCUUUAGCAAAAACUGCAGAGCCAUCAGCCAAAACCAGUACAACGAAAUAGUACAAUAUGGAACCACCAGCAUCGACAAAGGAAUACUCACGAUCAUACUCGAAGCCUUCGCCAAACACAUUAUUGUUAUCGGCAAACAUGUGAACAAAGGCAUCUCACUCAUCAUCCUCGAUGCAGGCGAAGACAAGACUGUUCUUGCACACAAGAUUGAACUCAUCCAAGAACAUCACCCUCAAGUCAAGGGUCGUAUGGAGAUAAGGGAUUGCGAAGCGCCCUUUUUAGAAUUCCUUCGGUAA